AAUCGCUAUGUACACAAAUCUUACUGUCAGUUGUGAAAUGUACAAUUUUCAUUAUUAACAUUGACCUGUUCGGACAUUUUUUUUCUCUAAAUGAUUUAAUGCAUAUGUUUUAACGUACGUGCGAAGUUACACAAUUUAAAUUUAAGGUGUAAACAAGUGAACAGCUUAGCAGUCCGUGUAAGUCAUGUCGACGAAAGACAACCCUCUUCUGGCAAAAUGGUCAGGAUCAGGGCUGACUGGCUCCCUGUUAGCAUCAUCCCUGUCAACCAAGAGUGAUCUUUGUGCUUCACGUAAAAGAAAACCAGCUGACACUAAGUCAGAUGUACUUGUCACAAAGGUGCCAAGGGAAAAUCACAAAACAAGCCUCACAUGUAGCUCUCUUCUGCAGAAGAUGGAAAACAAGGAGCUGAGCUCAGGUUUGACGACAGGCAGUUUACGGACAAAGCCAGAGCAGCCAGGUCCAUCCCCAUGUCUGACCAGUAAGCUGACCUCUAACUUGACCUCUCACUUGACCUCUGGCCUGUUGUCGUUGAAAUCAUUUGACCUUGGGGUGACCUCUGGGUCACAGAAACACAGUGCAUCCCACAUGGGCUCAUCUACAACAUCAAGCUUGAAGUCAACUUUAUCAACUAAGCCAUUGACAACAACUCUAACAGCCAGCAAGACCUCUGGGCUGUCAUCCUUGACUGCAGGCUCCACCCUUCUGUCACAUGGCUCCACCUCUUCAAUUGGCUCCUCCCUGCUGAACAAAAGAUUGACAGCUGGUUCCACCCACAUGGGUAUAACCAAGGUUACACUUCAGUCUUCACUGACUGGUCCCUUAUCCAAUCUAAAGAGUUCAUUACUCAGCACCCUUGACCAGACAAGCGAUAAGGUCUCUACAACAACAAAACGUGUGGGUAAACCUAGUGCGAAAAAGGGCGGGAAGAAGGUGAGGCUGGCCAAGUAUGAGGCUCCGCCCCCUGAGUAUGAUUUUACCAAUGAGCUUCCGAGGGUGAAGAAAAUGAAGGUGGCCAAGUUUACUCCACCCACGUUAGAUCGCACGCUGAUGGCAGGUGCUAAGGUGCAUGAUGUUAAUGGAAUCAAGUUUGGCCUGGUAAAUGCUGUCAGUGGGUCGCUGAUAUGCCAGCCCAAUUUCCGCUUGGGUACGGACCUGACAAGGGUGACCUUGGUAACAAUGGCUGACCAGGUCAUCUGUUAUGACCCAGAGUUCAUUCUCAAGCUUGCUCUGUACAGUAGGAAACAGCUCAACAUUCGUACGACCAGCAACUUCCUGUUGGCUCUGGCCUCCCACAUGCCGGCCUGUCGGCCAUACCUGAAGAAGUACUUCAGUGCGGCCAUCGCCUUGCCAUCAGACUGGAUCGAGGUGGCGGAGAUAUAUUCGGCAUUCCCAGAGAAGACACUCCCCCUGGGCUCACUGCCAUCGGCUCUGAGGAAAGCCAUGGUGACAAAGUUCCCUGACUUCGAUAAAUAUCAGCUAGCAAAGUACAACAAAGAGAGCUCUCAGAAGAAGAAGAAGAAGAAGCAGAAGAAAUUAGAAGAAGGAAAAACCAACGACCCAGAGUCAUCGGCCCCAACACGUGGCAGAGGUCGUGGUAGAGGUCGUGGCAGAGGUCGAGGCAGAGGUGGGCCCACUUUCGAGCCAGGAACCGGACGUUCCAUACUGGAGGAGAAGGGAUUGUUUGACUCGGAUACAGACAGUGACACAUCUGACUCUGAUGAGGAAUUCGAAAAACAUAAGAAAGAACAGGAUGCAGGCAUCGUGUUUGACGAGGGAGAGAGUCCGGAGCAGCUCCAGAAGGCCAGUUUUACCCUGAAGCAGCUCAUCCGUAAACUGCACAUCACAGAGCCCGUGGAACACGUCAUGUGCCUCAUAGGGAAAAAAUACCCGGCUACAAUGGAUGAAUUCUACCGUAGUCGUCUGCCCGGAACGUUUGAGGGGGAGAGGGCGGGAAAGCGUAUGAAACUUCCCAUACCUGAGACCUGGGAGACGCAGGUGUCCUUGAAGGGGAACAAGGCAAAAACAUGGGAAGAACUGCUGGACCACAAGAAGCUUCCAUUCAUGGCGAUGUUGCGAAACCUGCGUAACCUGAUCAAGGCAGGCAUAUCCCACAAGCAUCACACAGGGGUCAUACGACGACUCACUGACGAGAAACAAGUCAUAAACAGCAAGCAGUUUCCAUUCAGAUUUUUCUCAGCCUACGAAGUUUUGGAACAACUGUUACUGGAAUAUGAAAAAUCCCAAGCAGCAAUUGUCCAGGCAGCUGUAGAGGAGACCAGUACAGGGGGGACCCCCUCAAGCUCAGCCCCCAGGGGGUCAGGCAGGGGGAGGGGCAGGGGCAGAGGGAGGGGCAGAGGGGGCGGUGCUGGGGAAGGAGGGGCUAAGAAGGAGAAGCUGACAGCUGAAAACUGGUGGGCAGUGAAACAGAAGAGAAAGAAGGAGAAGGGUUCCAAGCCAAAGGAGACACCAUUUGAUAAUGGGCUGAUCAAUCGCUACCGCAAGGCCCUAGACACAGCAGUAAAGAUAGCCACGGUGUACAAUGUCCAGCCCAUACGAGGUCGCACAGUGAUCCUGUGUGACGUUGGACCCAACAUGACCGUGCCUUGUACAACGGCCAAGGGUUUUGGCAAACCUAGAACUAUGCGUGAAGUGAGUGUCUUGCUAGGCCUGAUGUGCAAGUAUUCCUGUGAGGAGAGCGUCCUGGUGGCCUUCAGUAGCUCAGAGUCACGUUACAUCAUCGUGGACCUUGACCCCGGCACCAUCCUGGAAAACAUGGCCGCCGUUCUAGGAGCGGACCUCUCACAAGGCGUGCCUGGAAAGUUUGAGGAGGGCCUACCUAUGGAUAUCCUGUACGACCAUUUACGAGACAGAAUUCAGAUUGACAACCUGCUGCUGCUGACGGGUGGCGGUUCCAGUGUACUGGCACAGCGCCGCACAGUGAGCGCCGUCCUUGACCUAUACCGGCGCAUCGUGAACCCUGACCUUCUCUAUGUUAAUGUCGGCUUUGCUGGGAAAACAUGCGGGUUUGACACAGACAUCAGGCCAGAGCAUACAAACAACAUCUACAUCACCGGCUUCAGUGACCAGAUACUCAGGUUCAUAGCCGAGCGAGGUGAUGGGGGACAACUCCGCCACAUUGAGAUGAUUGACGAGGCGUUCCAGCUGAGUUCCCUGCCCAUGUUGCCUGGCGACAGGCCUGUCCCGCCCAGACUGGCACCAGAACGUCUGCUGCAGCUCCCGUCACACAUACCCAGAUGGCGUACAGCCCGGGUAUUUAUAUCGUCCACAUUCCGAGACAUGCACGGUGAGAGAGACCUACUGACGAGGUUUGUGUUCCCAGAGUUACGUGCCCUUUGCAAGCAACGCUUCAUCAACGUUCACGAGGUUGACCUUCGCUGGGGUGUGACAGAGGAAGAAACCAGGAAUGCUAAGACUCUAGAGCUGUGCCUGACAGAGAUCCAGAAGUGUCAGUUCUUCCUGGGUAUCCUAGGUAACAGGUACGGCUGGGUACCGGACCAGUACAUGGUACCGGACACAGACCAGUUUGCCUGGGUGCAAGACUACCCCACAGGACGGUCCGUGACAGAGCUGGAGAUGCAGGCCGGAGCGCUGGGGCUGCUUCCUGGACAGGACAUGAGGGCUCGUGCAUUCUUCUAUAUUCGGGACGACACAUUCCUCAGUGAUGUCCCGAAAGCCUUCCUGGAAGACUUUGUUGACAAGUCUGACUCGAGCCUAUCCAACAUGGCACAGCUGAAGAAUAGGAUCCGGACCAGUGGCCUUGAACUGUUUGACAACUACCCAUGUAACUGGGGCGGGGUAGUGGAGGGGAAGCCCAUGGUUGCUGGGCUCGACCAGUUUGGAGCCCGAGCUCUUAACAACCUCUGGCUUGGCAUACAGAAUGAGAACCCGGAGGAGGCGGCCAUGUUGGAUGAACACACCCACUGCACGGGCCUUCACGACAGUUAUGUGCACCAACAGAGGGCGCUGUUUGUUGGACGCACCAAGCUACGUAAGGAGUGCCUCAAACUUCUGUCCGAGAUGAAGUCUGGGGUUGUGUGCCUCGCUGGGAAACCAGGCUCCGGGAAAUCUGCUCUUUUAGCAAGUCUGAUACAUGAGUACCAGGCUCUCAAGAUGUGUGACAGCAGCCUUACGAUUCUCACGCACUUUGUGGGUGCUGCGCCGGGGUCCACCAACAUCCUCGCAACACUGUGCAGGCUCUGUCACGAACUGAACGCACGCUUUUCCUUGCAGAAGGAAGUACCAGAGGACUUUAAGAAUAUUGUGCCACGGUUUGAGGAGAUGUUGACAGAAGCUGCCACCUACAGUGGUUCCCCUGUUGUGCUCUUCUUGGAUGGAUUUGAUGGAAUGGACCCUGCCCACCUGCCUCAUAAUCUUGACUGGCUGCCAGAAACAAGUAUCAAGAACGUUGUCAUAGUGAUGACCUGUCAGACAGAGGGCAAGGUGCACAAGUCAUUACUGAAACGCAGCCCGAGGGAGCUUGUAGUGGAGGCACUGGACAUGUGGGACAAGUCGGAAGUUGUCAGGCGUCACCUGGCCACACACCGUAAGGCCCUCGAUGAGUCACCUUUCAACAAUCAGAUGAAGCUGCUGGUGUCUAAGAAGGAAGCCAAUGUCCCACUGUACCUGAGUCUGGCCUGUGAGGAACUCAGAGUCUAUGGACUCUUUGAUAAGAUGACAGCCAAGCUGAAGUCAUUGCCACAGACGGUUCCGUUGUUGCUACAGGAAGUGAUGUCACGGAUAGAGACCGAUAUUGGCAGGGAGCUUGUGGCCACCUCUUUGUCAUUGCUAGUUAUUGCUAGAGAUGGCCUUACCAUAGGAGAGCUUCACGACCUGAUGACUCUGCAAGUGUCGCUUGGCAACGAGAGGCCUAAGGUGAUGGACAUUGUCAAUAUAGAGCCUGGACCAGGCAACCGUCUGCCGUCCGUCCGUCUAGCGUUUCUGCAGAGGGCUCUGCAGGGAUUUCUCAACUCUGGACAGGAAGAGUCUGGUACCCUAUCAUUGGCUCAUGCUGACAUAAUGAAUGCAGUCAGGAACCGGUACUUGAAGGGAGCUGUUGCUGUGGAAACUGAACUAUUCCUGCACAGGCUUUUAGCAGGCUAUUUCUACACACAAGCAGACCCAACUCGUAACAGAACCUGGGUAGGAAAGUCCAGGCGAGCCUUUAAAGAACUCACUUACCAUCUGGCAAAAGGUGGUUGUUACUUAGAAUUGGAGGAGGUGGUGUGUAACCUACAGUUUGUGCACAACAAGUGUAUGUUGGGACUGGCUACUAGUCUAAUUGAAGACUACCAGUCUGUAGAGAUCAACAUGAAGACAAUGGAACGUGAGCAGGCCAAGUUUCUGGAGAAGCCUCGGGUCCGUGAUUACAAGUCCUUCAUUGCUCGCAAUCUGCAUGUGCUCUCUAGUUACCCGGCUCUGACCUGGCAGCAAGCCUUCAACGAGAUUGAUGACUCCGCAGUCCUAACAGAAGUCCGCGCGCUCAUGGACUCAGCGGAUGUGUCGCAUGAGAUCAAAUCCCUUGUUCAGUGGACCAGUAAGCCAGCGAUGGAAGACCCUUGCUACCUCAUUAUUCCCAAUCUGCCACAGGCAAUGACCUGUGUAGCGGUUUCACCGGACAACCAGCUCUUUGCAUGUGGAGGAUUUGACUGCCUCAUUCACCUGUAUGACAUCAACACCGGCAAGGAAGUGCGCAGUUUUCGAGGUCACGCUGACACAAUCACUGACGUGUGUUUUGUUGGGAAGAACAAACUGUGCAGUGUUUCCAUGGAUACCACUGUCAGUGUGUGGGAUGUCAAUGAUGGACAUAGAUUGUUCACACCGAAAGGUCACCAGAGACGUGUGAACUCAUGCACGUCGGACGUCCUUGGUAACAUCUUGGCUACUGCCUCCUGGGAUUGCACCCUCAAGAUCUGGGGCAUGGGGCGGGGGGACCUGAUGUGUGAGUUCAAAGUGGGCAGCCCAGUGAAUUGUGUGAGCUUCCACCACGAGGGUCAGAAGAUCGUGUCAGGUCAGUGGGACAGCACCAUCAAGAUUUGGGACGUCUUCCACAAGACCAAAAUUGCUGUUCUAAGAGGUCACAAGUCAUCAGUGAGGGACGUUGCCUAUUCCCCCAAUGGCCGCCAUAUUGCCUCUGCAGCGCUGGAUGGGGAUGUGAAACUGUGGGCCGCAGACAGUGGGGCUCAGGUUGGAAAUAUCAAGGGUCAUGCUCUGCCGAUCAACAAGCUGACCUUCUCUCCGUCCGGCGGUCAGCUGAUCACGGUUAGCGACGACCACAAAGUCAAGGUCUGGUCGGGUCACCUAGGCAAGCCUCUACAAGUGAUAGGGGACCAGGAAUGUGGACCAGCCGUAUCCAUAGCAAUAUCUCCACAGCGUGACAUGGUUGCCAUCGGUUACCAUUCUGGGGUCAUAGCCGUACAUGACACUGUCUCUGGUGCAAAAGUUUGUUCCCGUCAAGUUUACUCGGCGUCUGUGCGUUGUCUGCAUUACAUCGGCACCAACCAUCUGCUGUCUGGAUCAGACGACACAUUUGCCAAGAUCCUGUCUAUCAAUCUGAGUGACUCCAAAGUGAUCACAGGACACCUGAAGGGCAUCAUGUCCCUCGCUGUUUGCAGAGACUACUUUGCAAUCGCCUCCGAAGAUUGCACGUGCUCGCUGUAUGACAACCCCUUCAAAUACACAGGAAAACCCAACUUCAGCAGCGUGAGACGUCUAGUGACCCUUGGCACUCACACAGGGCCUGUAACCAGCUGUAGUUUCAACAAGCUGGGAACCAGGCUGGCAACAGGAAGUAGAGACAUGUCAUUGAGGAUCUGGGAUGUUCUAGACGUUUUGUUAAACCCUGACAGUCCCGUGCCACUACAUGUAAUACACCAGUGCCAUCAGGACUGGAUCACAGACUGCCGUUGGUCAAACAUGGCGGACACCAUAGUUACCAGCGCCAAUGACUUCAACCUGAAGGUGUGGGAUGUGUCCAAGAUUGGAAACACGCCCGGGCAGACCCUGAGGGACUCCACCGGACCCAAUAUUGCCAAGGAGAAAUACUGCCUUACCGGCCAUUCAGCGUCGGUCAAUCAGAUUGGCUACAGUUAUGGGUGUGUGGUGUCGACAUGUGCAGACGGCUCUGUGAAGAUGUGGUCUCACCGGGGUGUGGAGAUCACCACUCUGUAUGGGCACACUCAACGGGUGCUGGGGUGUGACAUCUAUGUCGAGGUGGCGGGCGAAACAGAAGAGUCUACAGAGCUGGACUGGUCGAUGGAAGAGCGUGCUGACAAGACUUCCAAGCUGCAACCCAAGCUGGAGAACGUCCUUGUAGCGACCUGCAGUGAUGACGGAACAGCGAGACUAUGGUACCCCAUGCAGGCUAAUGAGCUGGCCUGCCUGACUGGUCACUCUGACCGUGUCCUCUCAGUGUCCACCUCCAGGGCGGGUCAGUUGUGCACAAGUUCCCUUGACAGCAGCCUGCGCAUCUGGAAGUACAAUAACCAAUCACAGCACAUCGUACCAGGGCACAACGGGGCCGUGACGUUUGUGUGUGCCUCGGCAGCAGGGAAGGUGCUGUCUGGUAGCAGGGAUGGUACAUUCAGACUGUGGAGUAAAGAAGCAGGAAGUGCAGUGUACAUCUGUCAAGUUUCACUGAAGGCCAGUGGGAAGGCUGUGACCUGUGGCUGCUGGCUGGAUGAUGACACAUGUGUGACCGGCUCUGAUGACUGCUCCAUUUCCAUCUGGCACAUCAACAAGGAUGGCAGAGUGGUUCUGAAGUCAAGCCUGAUGACUGAGAGCCCGUUGCUAAGCAUAGAGAGUCCCAAGGGCCCUAGCAACCGUGUGUUCUUUACUGCGGAAUGGUGUGGAGCUGUUAAGGCCUGGAACCCAGACGGGCAGCUGGCCAGGCUGCAGACAAACUGCGGGCCAAGCUGCAUGUUGCUGAAAAUGCGCUACUUGAGCAACAUGACAUUGCUGGUGACAACCAUGUUGGGAUACAUGCAUGUUAUCAAUGUACAAGGUCUUGUAGAGGGCAGCAUGAAGGCAGGACUGCUGCCACUGCACACCCUCACGGUUCCCGAGUCUGAGAUGGAAAUGAACGGGGAACCAGACGAGCAGUCUCAGCCGGCAUGGCUUCUUGAUGUCACCUCAGACCCGGCAAACUAUAUCACAGGGGACAAUAAGGGUCAGAUAUCAUACCAGGUCAACAACAUGCGUGUAGCUACAAAGGUUCAUGCAGGAGAUGUUACAAGCGUUCUGGAGACUAAGAAUGGAGUUGUUUUCACAGGAUCGAAGGAUUCUACGAUAAAAAUAUGGGAAAAGACAGAAGAAGUUCUAACACAGGUUGGUCAAUUUUUCUGUUCAGCCCCUGUGACCUCAAUGUGUUUCCUUGACAACCAAUCCUCCACUGACAUUCCUAUUGCCUAUGGCGACAAACUUGGAUACGUGAACUUCCUGGUCUGGAGGGGAUAGGACUAUGAAGAGCCUGUGGGGUUGAAAUCUGAACUUUAUACAUAAAUUCUUAGAAACAUACUAGCUAUUUGCCACACACAAACACAAAAACACAAGUAAUAAUAAUUUUAAAUGUACCCAAUACAAAUGGCACAAAUGUAAUCCAUUAAAUAAUGUAGUUUUUGUUAGUUUGUAUUUAAGUUGCACAUGUGUUAUAUCACAUUUGAUUCAAAAUCAUCUUCAUAUUUAUGUUGAUCAUUGAUAAACAAAAAACAAUUGGGUGGAUGCAUGGCUAUUAUUAUGGGUAGCGCAAUUGUGUUACGAACUAUUUGUGUAUAUCGAUUAAUUAACAAUAAAUGAAAAUGAAUGAAACUAUGUAUAUCAUAUGUUUGACAAUUGUUUGUUACUAUAAAUGUUAUUUGAUAAGUUUGACCUAUGAACAAUAUUGAAUUUUGCAAUUUAUGUUAAUAGAUUACUGUUCAUAAUAAAUAAAUGUUUUAUUUAAAAUUGUGUGUGUGUGUGUUUCUGCUUGUUAUUUAAAAAGUUGUACGUAUUGUGUAUAUUAUUGAUAUGGGUGUUAUGUGUUGUCCUUUGGUUUGCUUAAAAAUUGCGUAAGAUAUUUGUUUUGGUUGCUAUGACUACAGAAUAGCUGUUGAAAAGUUAACAUUGACACUGAAUGACAAGUGAAUGUAUGUGCACAUGAAAAGUUGUUGAAUUAUGCUUGUGUAAUGUUGUUUAGUAUGUUUUCAGUUUGUUACUUUGUUUGUGUCAUUUGAUUGUUCUUAACUUUAACAAAAUUCUAGUGUUGUGUCAAUAUUUACUGUUAUGAAUAUUAUUGUUUUAUAAACAUUAAAAAAAAUGCAAAAUUAAAAAAAAUAUUCGAAUUAUUAUAUACAUUUUACUUAUUGAAUCAAGGCAUAUUUGUGUAUGAUAUACAUACGUAUAUACUUUGUUGAGCUGAGCAGGCUCUUGUGUAUAAAAUGUCUUUAUACUGUGUGGUUAUAAUUUUGAUGUUGACUUUUAGCUCCGAUUGUUUAUUUGUUUGUUUAUAAAACAUUUAUUGUUUCCUUUAUAAACAGAUGUACAAAUCAUGUGUGUACAUUGACAAGUGCAAAUGUGAAAUCAUUUUUUGUUGCUCAAUGCAUGGAAACCAUGUAUGAAAGUAUACAAACCUGGAACAUUCCACUUUUUCACAUUCUUUUAUUUGCUAAUCAAAUAAUAAGGAUUGUUGCUUACUUGUCCAUUAUUGUCAUAUGUUUAUAUGUUGUUCUUUGCAUGUUUUAUUCAUCCAUCUCAAAUAUUAGAGAGUCAGGAUGUAUAAAGUUGUUUCAGGCUAUAUAAAAGGGUUUUCUUUGUAGUGAAAAAUUGUCCAGUAUCUUACAAAAUUUUAUAAUCAACUUUGCUUGCCUGUAAAAAUGAUACAUAAUUAGUUUAAUUUUGACGCUGAUUUAUUGCAGAUACUUAUAUAUUGAAAAAGCACAUUGUGACAAAAUGCUAGUUUAAAUUUCUUAAUAAAUUGAAAUAUUUUUGUUAUUAAUUAUUAAUAUUAAUAAUUAUUUUAAUAAUGAUUUUUAAUUUACCUAAUAUUUUCUUAAUUAUUUAAACAACUGAUCCAUUACCCCUAGCCCCAAUUAGUAGCAUAGCAGCUGUCGUUUGUGUAGAUGCCCUUAACCUAAACCACAGGGUAAUUGAUAGAAACAUAGUACCGGGGGUACAUAAAAUUUAAUGUGUUGUUACGUCUCUAAUGGAACUAUGAUUGAUUCCUGUCAUAACAACUGAGGCAUGUGUAUGCCAUUGUCAUUCCAGAGCUUGUAACAAGACCUGAAGAGAAAGAGUGACCCAAUUCUUCAAUUUGGUUGAUACAAAUUUAAUUCAAAACGAUUAUAAGUCAUAUUGUCACUCACUAAAUUGUGUUACUUGUUAAAUUCGUGAAAGUUUUAUGAAGAAUCAAAUAUUUCAUCUCUCUUCUUCACCUAAAAUGAAGAAAAGAUUGAUAGGUCUUCGAUUGAAAUAUGUGUCCUGCACAUCUACGAAAUAUUCAAUGCUGUGAUAAAGAUGCCAUUAUUAAGAAUAAUUUUCAGGGAAAUCCGUUUGAUAUGAAUUUCGUAUUGUUGAGGCUUUAUACAUAAUUACUUAUGUGUUUUUCCUUUUUGUUUUGUUAUAUUUCAUAUAUAGAAAAAUACUGAUGUAAGUAAACUUAGCUAUUGAAAUACCAGUUGCCGUGUAUACAUUACAUAUCUAUAGUUAAUACAUCUUUUUUACAUUUAAUUGUGUAAAGUUGUGAACCACCGCGUGUCCGCUAUCUUUGUGUUACCAAAGCUAAGGAUGCGUGUUCUAGGAAUCCAAUAUAUGUGCAAUAUAUUGUACUAUUGUUACGAGUUUCCCUUUCAUAACUUAUUUCUGUGAUAUUUUAUCGUAAUUUAUACACACACUUGACAUGACGUUUACAAAUACAUUGCAAUAUAUUUG